UGGCCAAGAGCAAGAGAAUACAAAAGGAGAUGGAGAUAUGAGAUGAAACCAUUAAUGACAUUUAAAUUUGAAAAAUUAAAAGAAUUUUCUAAAUCUUUUCGUCCUUGCAUAGUGGUUAGUAACGAUCUUCAAAACGAAUUAGAUGAAAAAAUAGUAGUAGUUUCUACUACUACAGAAGCAGUUAAGGAAAUUCAACCAUUUGAAGUUUUUGUUGAUAACACUCCGGAAACUGGUUUAGAGGAACCAAGUAAGAUUUUAGGUAAUUAUCUCCAUACAGUAGAUAAGAAGUUAAGGUUAACAGGAAAUAAGCGAAUUGGGGUAGUUAGUUCAGAAAUAAUGAAAAAAGUGAAAAAUACUUUAAAAAUAACUCUUAAUUUAAGAAGUCAAGACCAAUUUCGCGGCUGGUUUAAUUCUUCCUUGAUUACUUCAGUUAUCCUAACUAACCAAGCGCCUUAUCAACAAGUUCUUUCGCAUGGCUUUGUAGUCGACGAAAAAGGACUUAAGAUGUCAAAGUCUUUGGGUAAUGUUAUUGACCCUGAGGAAAUUAUUAAAAAAUUUGAAAAAGUUAGAGAAAGUUAUCAAAAAAUCCGAAAUACUUUACGCUUUUUACUUGGUAAUUUAGCCAAUUUGUCACCAGAAGUAAAAAAUGAAAAAAACUUGGAAAAAGAACUCAGUUUAGUAGACUAUCAUAUACUUUAUAAGUUAGAAAAAUUAAUAGCAGAAAGCCAAAAAAAUUACCUUAAAUAUAAUUUAAACCUAAUCUAUUCCUCUUUAAUAAAUUUUUGUAUCAACGACUUAAGUUCUUUUUACUUUGAAAUUUGCAAAGACAGUCUAUAUUGCGACAGUCUGAAUUCAUUAAGAAGAAAACAAAUCACCACCACCCUUUACUAUCUACUAGAGGGAUUGCUAAAAAUUAUUUCGCCGGUUUUGCCUUACCUAUCCGAGGAAGUUUACCAAAACAUCCCUUUUAGUUUUGGUUUUGCCAAUCAAGAAAGCAUUCAUUUAAUAAAUUGUCUUCUAAAUUUUCCUCUUACUCCGGAAAAAGAAAAAAAACUAAAAAUAAUCACCGAUUUCCUUCUUCCUUUGCGCCAAGAUGCUUAUCAGACCUUGGAAAAGGCUCGGCAAGAAAAAAUUAUUACCACUAAUUUACAAGCCAAUUUGACGGUUUGCUUGAAAGAGCAAGGAAAAUGA